AUGGUGCAGUGUGAAGAAGAACUUAUAGCAAAAAUAGAGUACUGGGCAGAUGUUCUGGACUCAGAGGAUAUACAGGAGGACUUAGAACAGAAGUUAUUAGAUGAUUUAGAAUAUGCUACACAGCAGAAAAGUAUGGGAAUAGACUUGCUUUGUAUACUAAUUGAUGCACUUCCCAUACUAAACUGUCCUACCAUUGCAGUUGACAAUUUAGUCACUCUGGUGCACCAAGGGGGAAGAGCAGCAGUCCAUGCAUUUAGGGGCCUUCUUCUUUUAUAUACACAGUACAGCAUAGACAUAGACAUGUUUAACAUACUUUAUAACCUCACUACUUUUGAGUUAAUGCGCGAUGAAACUGAUCUAUUACUCCUGCUAAUAUCUGAUCUACUCCAUAGCUCAAACAUAUCCAUUCUUACUAUAAGAAUGUUUGUUAAGAGGCUUAUGUUUAUGUGCAUGCGCAGUGACUUGGACAUAGCAUACAAGAUACUAAAUGUGGUUGGUGCUAUAUGCAACCGGUAUAAGCUGAAUGCAGGCCAUUCUAAGAGCAAUAAGCCUAACGAGUACACUAUGUCUACAUCAUUAUCAGAUGGAACAGUAGAUACAUAUUUAUACGAAUUAGAUGCACUGAAAGACCAUCCCAUCCUGAAUAUAUACAUACGAGAAAUAAAACAGAAUAAGCCAGUAGUUAUAACAGAAAAAGAGAUAAACAAGAAAUUGCUUAGUAUAAUAGAAGGAUAAAUCGUUAAGAGCAGUCCUGUGCAAGAAAUACUCUCAAAUACUGCAUAGCAAAUAUAUUAAUUUCUGGUCAUGCGCAUCGAAUGAUUAUUAGUGUAUAAAAGUAACUAUUGCACUUGAAAUAUUAAUACAAUUGCUUUACACAUACAGUAAAUUGUUCUUACAUAGAUAAUAUAGAACAUAUUCUGUUUGGCUCAGUAUUAUUAUGUCUUGAUAUAACCCAAAAUAAAGCAC